AAUCCACAAAGCAUUGGUGGAGGUUGGGCUUGAUAAUACAUAUGAGCCUCAAGAUUAUCUAACUUUCUUCUGUCUUGGCAAUCGGGAGGAAUUAGACAAAAGAGACAGUUUAGAUGCCAAAAGUUCAACCGCAGCAAAGACUCCUCAGGAACUUGCUAAGAAGAACAGGCGCUUUAUGAUUUAUAUCCAUUCAAAAGGUAUGAUAGUGGAUGAUGAGUACAUCAUAGUGGGAUCUGCAAAUAUCAACCAACGCUCAAUGGAAGGCACCAGAGAUACUGAAAUAGCAAUGGGUGCCUAUCAGCCUCACCAUACUGGAUCAAGGAAACACACCAGUCCACUUGGGCAAGUAAGUGUUACGUUUUCUGCCUUAAGUUUUCUUCUUACAAUCUUCAAAGCUACACUAACAUUUUUGUAUAUGUGACACACACAAAACACACACAGUUGUGGUCAAAACUGUCUUAUUAAAAACUGGUUUUUCCCUGCUAACCUUUUUCUCUUUUUGUACUGGAGCAUAAUUAACCGCUUAUGAUUAUGGUGUUAAUACUGGCUUAAAUGCAUUCUUGUUCUAGUUACCAUAUUCAUGGUUACAAAAAGCUAAAAACACUACACUCAUCUAAGUACAGGUCUAUGGGUAUCGGAUGUCACUAUGGGCAGAACACAUUGGCCAUCUGGAGGAAUGUUUUAAAAGACCAGAGAGUCUGGAAUGUGUGAGACGUGUUAGGUCCUUAGGCGAGCUCAACUGGAAGCAAUAUGUAGCUGAUGAGGUGACAGAAAUGAAGGGUCACCUCCUGAAGUACCCUGUCCAAGUUGAUCGGAUGGGCAAGGUGAAGGCGCUUCCCGACUGUGAAACAUUCCCGGAUGUGGGUGGGAAAAUCUUGGGGUCUUUUGUAGCCAUUCAAGAAAAUCUCACUAUCUGAUUCUGAGCCAAGGAUCCUUAGGUCCUUAUUACAAUCUUUCGGUAAUUCACUUCUAUUCCAUUUUCUAUCAGUUCUUAUUGCAGAUGAUGCCAUGUGAGAUCUUUUUCCUUCUUCAGGCUGUUACUUGCUAGCGUUAGGCAAUUCAUUUAAUUGAUUUCUUCCAUUAUUUUUGCCUCUCUGUUUUUUUCCCCCAAAUUCCGUUGUUU